AUGGAACUCAGUCGCGUACAAUCGCCGGCGGUGAGCAGCAUUCCUCGGACUGCGCCAUUAGAGAAACCAUUUUUGUGCGGGCCCACCAUUCUCAAGCUGGUCGGCCAAAAUAGGACAUGCCCAGAUGCCAGAAAGCUCAGGUUUAUUGAUUCUAGGGCUCGAGCUUCAGACACAACAAUAAUCAAGUGUCAAGCACAAGACACUGUGCCGAGCAGUAGCAGCCAAAAAGAUGGAAAUCUCGUUUUUGUUGCGGGGGCCACCGGCCGAGUAGGAUCACGAACCGUGAGAGAGCUCUUGAAAUUAGGAUUCAACGUUCGAGCCGGUGUACGGAGUGUUCAGCGAGCUGGAUCUCUUGUCCAAAGUAUUGAGAACAUGAAGCUUGAGGUAGUGGCAGAUGGCACUAAACCUAUGGAUAAGUUUGAACUCGUUGAGUGUGACUUGGAGAAACCGGAGCAUAUAAGGCCAGGGAUCGGGAAUUCAUCGAUUGUUAUAUGCUGCAUUGGUGCUAGUGAGAAGGAGAUUUUCGAUAUAACGGGACCAUACAGGAUCGAUUAUCAGGCUACUAAAAACCUGAUUGAUGCAGAUACGAGGAUCUCAAGCCGCCUUCAUCACCAUCACCUAGUGUGCCAAAAUAUUAAGCGCCAAACAGAAUCUAAAUCUAAUUCCCCUACAUUUGUGCCAUAUGAAGAUAUUAAGCUGCCGAGUUCUCCUAUGACUUCUCUUAGGAAGCUCUAAAGCGCAAAAUGAAAAGUUUCGGGAUGUUGAAUCUUUGUGCAUUGUGUCGAAUUUUUGAAGCUUUUGUUCAUAGUUUGAGGAGUUUUUUUGGUGAGUACAAUGUGUGUGAUAAACUGAUAAUUUUUUGUUGUUUAAAGACAAAAAUCUAUUUUGUUUUUCUAAAUACAUGAAGACUUUUCUCA